AUGCGGGCAGUCGAUCGCCACGACCAGCUUCUUCAGCCCUAUAAUGCCACCCGCAAGACCUUGAAAUGGCACAAGAAGCUUGGUCUGCGGUUUCUUCAGAUUGGCCUCCUGAACACACAUCUCAUCGCCAAGAAAGCUGGUAACAGUCAAAGUUUUCUGGAUUUCCAGAAAGAUGUAAUUCACAAAUUGCUUUUUUCUGGGGCAGCUGCACCUGACAAUGGAGAUGACCACUCUGUGCCACUGACAGGUAGGCACUUUAUCGACCGUGUGCCAGCCACAGCCUGUAAGACAAAGGCCCAGAAGAAGUGCAGAGUGUGUGCAUCAAGAAAUAUUUGGAAGGACAUCAGACAACGCCAGAAGGCAAAGGCUGCCGCGACUGCUGACAGCAGUGUGAGGGUGGGAAGGCCUCCAGAGACCCGGGCAGACACCAGAAAGACUGAGGAGUGGCGCGCCAAGAACCGUCUGGCCCAACAGAAGCGGCGCGCCAACAUGAGCUCCCAGAAAAAGAGGCGUGAGAGGGAGCGCAACCGGGCUUAUUUGCAGCGGAAAAAGGAUGCUCAGUUUCCGAAGACCCCACCAGCACGAGAGCCUGCCCCUUCUACAGGAGUGAGUGCAUCCACUGUUUCGCGAGUGAAGAAGAGGUUUGGUUGGAAAUUGUUGCCUUCUUUGAAGAGUCUUAUAAAGUCCCUCUUUAAGAAGAAUCCCGAGAAACUUGUACAACAAGGUUUGUCUUAUUCCUCCCCCUCAUAGUGUCAAACUCCUGGGCCAGA